UGUACAUUGCUAUGCCCGUGCAGUGGCGUGCUGUCAGUGUGUAGAGCGGGAGGAGGAGCAGUGCACGUUGUGUACAUUGCAGUGCGGGCUCCAGUGACAGCCCUGACUGGUGACCCCGCCGCCACAUGCAGAGGACACUGCAGGACUGCUAGACGAUCCCACAUCCUUUACAUAACGCAUCAUUCUCAGCAUGGGAAGCGCGGCUCGUGCAGCCAGCAGCGGGGACCCAGCGGCGACAACUCCCUGACCUCUGUGGGAUCUACUUCAGACUGUGACCCGGGAUCUGGUGCGGCGCUCGCUCCCUCUCCUAUAGGUCUGUCCUGUACAUAGCCCGCGGGCUGCCAUGCUGGGCGGCUAGCAGCCUGCCUACAGCCGAGCACACAAGGGUGGCUGCCUCUUCGCUCGUCUCUGGGGAGUUAUGGCUUGAAACAACAUGGGGGAUCGGAAGAGAGAAGGAUUCUGCAGGCUGGAAAACAGUGGUACCAUUGCACAAAGGAGCAAUAACAUCAUACCACAACUGCUUCAGUCACUGCAAUGAAUGGGGACACUAUUCAACCUGAAAGUUCCUCCGUCCCUCAGGGCUGGAAUGAGUUCUGUGAGCUUCAUGCCAUCUCCACUGCGAGAGAGUUGGCAAAGCAGUACUGGUUGUUUGCUAACCAAAAUCCACACCAUGACAUCCUGGCCGCAGAGAACUUUUCCUUGCAGUUCACGGAUCUUUUCCAACAGUAUUUCAGGAACGAGGUGAGGGAAAGUUGGGGCAUGGACCAAUACAGAUUUUUUCCCUUCACUAGAGUAAAAGAUUAUAGAGAAACAGGCAGCAGGACAUCAGAGGAACCUCCUAGUACGGUUGCAGCUAAAGUGGAGGUGGACUUGACAGCUCGCCAUGAACACACAGAGCAAACUGCUAGUGACUUUACUGUCCAACAAGUGCCUAAAGCAUGGAGCUCAGAGGAGCUCCAAUGCAACAUCACUCCCCCACCUCCAAGACAAUUCAUUCGAUUCUCUUUCAGUGAUAUCAGAAGGAGUAUUCGAAAUAUAUUCCGGAGAAAGUCUGCAGAUCCAUCGGAAGCCAGGGACAUUGACACGGAUUUGGCACAGUCACCUACCUGGCAUAAAAGGAUUUUGCAGUGGACUAUAAAAAGGGAGCCUGUGGUUGAAAUCAGAAAGGAAGGACAUUUGAAUUACAGUAUGGUUGAUGAAACAAGUAUGGACAGUGGGACUCAUUGGCAGAGGUGUCGGUUGAUUUUACGGAAAGCAAGCUCUUUGGAAAAUGAGGAAUACCUAUUAGAAUUGUUUAAUCCACCCAAGUGUUCCAAACCAAAGUUACGGGUUCCAUGCUGUGCAGUCCAGGAAAUCAGAAAAUGCACCCGCCUGGAGAUGCCAGACAAUGUUAACACAUUUGUGCUAAAGGUUAAUACAACUGAAGUUAUUUUUGAAGUUGUAGAUGACCAGCAGCUAAAUUCCUGGACUUCAGAAAUCAAAGACUGCAUGAACUGCGGGACAGAGGAAAUUGAUGGAGAGAUGCAGGUGUCUUCUCCGUCAGAUACAGCGUCGCAGAUUCCAAACAGUGGCAGCACAGAUUCCAUUAACCAAGGUGCCGCCAUAUUUGUGCCUCCAGAGCAGUGCUGCCACAAAACUGACCAUUUUCUGUCACCAUAUCCAUGGUUUCAUGGACCUAUCUCUCGGGUCAAAGCAGCACAACUUGUUCAAUCCCAGGGAUUUGAGGGACAUGGAGUCUUCCUUGUGAGACAAAGUGAAACCCGCAGAGGAGAGUAUGUCCUCACAUUUAAUUUUCAAGGCAGAGCUAAGCACCUGCGUCUCACAUUGACAGAAAGAGGUCAGUGUCGGGUCCAACACCUCCGUUUCCUGUCUGUUGUAGAAAUGCUUCAUUACUUCCGUCUGCAUCCAAUACCACUAGAGUGUGGAGCUGCCGGAGACGUGAAGUUGUCUAGUUACAUUGUGUCAGCUGUUCAUUCACAAGACCACAGCCCUGCAGUCAGCCCGUUACUGUUCCCACUGCCAAUCCAGAGAUCAAGUUUUGAACGCAGUGUUUCGCACUUCCAUCAACCAAACCUACAGCGAAAUCCCUAUGCAGAUGACAUGCUCCCUGGCUCCUACUCUGAACAGAUUUUCCACCUUGUUCCCCCACCAGAAGAGCUGGAACGGAAUUUCCUUCGCAGUGAGUCCGGAAGUGCACAGUCGAGUAGUCAGAGGGAAUCUGACUACGAGAUGGACUCUGCCUCAAGGGGCCAUAUGCGAGCAAUAGACAAUCCUUACACACCUCUAUGACAGUGUGGUAGUGUGCUGUAAAUACUGAACUGACAUGUUUACCGUCUUUCAAUCUCAAAAGCCUUAACACAUGCUGAUCAAGCCAAGAAUGUAAUCUGACAUUAUUUUUUAUUGUGAAUUAUUUCUUUAUAUUGCAGGGAUGAAUAACGUUGUACAUGCCCUUUGGGUGUUAUUGUAUUAGGCCUGUUAAAGGGCCCCGCUUUCUCCUGUCUGGUAUGUCUGUGCCACUAUAGGGUGCAGUGAAGGGUUAAGUUGUAAGCAGCUCAUCAGAUAGUUUUGUGUAGGGACUUGUUCACAUCGCAAUUGUGCCCUAUACUUCACAUACAUGUUGGCAACUGGGAUGCUGAUGUAUACAUGGGCGUACUGGUGUCGGCCCCAUUGACUGUUGACUACAUAGUAGUCACUUGUCAAUGUAAGGGUACAUAUUUAAUCAUGAUGUGAAUGAGCCCUUACUGUUUACAAAAGACAGUCAAAUAAAGGGGAAUUGUUUCAGUUCCAAGAAAUGUGUGGAGUAGUUGUCCUCCUCUGACUUACAUGUGUUAUUGACCAAGACUGUCCCACUGUAUCCCUUUGCAGAGAUUGACAAUCAAGUUUCAGGCAGCCCUUAACUUUCAACCGACAGUAUUAUCUGCAAGAGUUGGAUCAGUGUUGUUUGUAGCACAAAAAUGUAUUCUGGCAUCCAUAUCACUAUCGAGGUAGCUGUGUAAAAUUGUAGCUAAAUAGCCCAUACUACAACUGUCCUUUGUGUUGACUAAGAAAACGGACAGCAAAGUAGUUUCAUCUGUCUGUUCAAGACAUAGAAUCCGUGUUAAAAUGUGAGCACAGAGUGCAUUGCCAAAUAUUAUGUGUCAUAUAUACAAUAAGGUGUAUUUAUAUACCCGGUGUAAGUUUCAUACUAUAUAGCCUAUGUGCCUUAAACUAGGACUUUACUGACACUAGUACCAUGGACAGAAUUCUGUAGGAGGACAGAACUGAAGGCCUGCACUGUUAGAGAAUUAAAGGGGUUUUCCGGGAUCUAACAUUUUAUCCCCUAUUCAAAUGAUAGGGGAUAAGAUGUAUGAUUGCGGGUCCCGCCGUUACGCCCCCUCACAUAGACAUGAAUGGAGUCAGCAUUGGGUGACGUUACGUCACGCCUCCAGUCCCGGAAACCGAAGGUUUCCUAAACUGCAGACUCAGCUCUGCAUACAAUGUGGGUGCUGCAGCGAGAAAGCUGCAGGCCCCCCGCGAUCAGACAUCUUAUCCCUUAUCCAAAGAAUUGUAUGCGGAGCUGCGUCUCCAGUUUAGAUCCCGGAAUGUUAGAUCCCAGAAUACCCCUUUAAGAACCAUGUGACAGAGCAAUAGAUGUGCAAAUGGGACUUGAAUCAUGAAUUUAUUUACUUAAACUAUGCCCACCCAGUAAAUCCACAAGUGAAUAAUGUUCCUCCUACAACCAUUGAUCCAAGAUUUGGCAGUGACUUUAGUCUUAUAGGGCACAUCUAGUGAUCUCUUUCAAGCUAUGUGUAUGAAAUGGUUUAAACCUGCUUUAAAGGGAGCCGGCCACAUUGAAAAUCUAGUCGAUAACUUGUCAUUUAUUCCUUUAGGGUCUAUUCACACGUACAGUAUUCUGCACAGAUUUGAUGCACUGGAUUUCAAGCUGUGUUCAGACAUUCAGUUUACAUUGAGAUCUGCAGCAGAAAAUCCUGUGCAUCAAAUCUGCGCAGAAUACUGUACGUGUGAAUAGAACAUUAAAGCUCUGGUCAUUAUGAGCUUAGGAGUCCAGUAGGGUUUUCCUACUUACAGAUUGAUAGCUGCUAGUCACUGAUUAGGAAAGCCCACAGGACUUCUACAUCCUGAAUGGGCAGAUGUUUAAUGUGUACCUCUCACGAUGAGCUGUGGCAGGAUAUUUGUGAACAUCCCACGCAAUCUUGUAGCCUAUGACUUGCACCCAGACUUAUGCGAUCAGGAGUCUGAAUGCCAGAAGCCCUAUACAAGUCCAUGAGCAUUGGCAUUUCCACUUCUGUUCGCAUAGCCCUCGGGGACAUUGCGUGGAACAUUUAACCAAAUCCGGCGGCCGGUGGCUCAUGGUGACAGUGCCCAUUUAAAUGAAUACAUUUUACUGAAUCAUUUCCUACAAAUGUAAAUGAAUCUGCUCGGCUCCUCCUGCUUUUUUACAUGCUGCCUGCAGAUUGCACUGCGUUUUCAAUGUAAUGGGUUUCUUUUAAACUCUGCCUAAAAAUAUACAUCAGUGUCCGCAUUCCAAAUAGAAACCAGCAGUGUAGCGAAGGUUUCCACCUCUUCACAUGUGCCUAAUAUCAUAUGGUUUUGUGAUAUAUUUAAUAAUGAUUGCUUUAUGCUGCAUUCUGUCGGCAUAGAAGAUCCAAGUUUACCUAGGAGAUAAUGAUCUAUCUGUUAUUCUCAUUUUCUCCUCUUUCCUCCUAUUUAUAUCUUUCUCUUGCUUAUGCCUCAAGUGUUACUUGAUAUCUGCAUUGUGGCCUUCUUAGAAAUGUUCCUAGAGAGUUCACACAUUGAGCAUCACAAACAUGCACUAUAUUGCUAGCUGCAUGUUAGAAAAAAAUCUUCCCUUCGAUCAGCACUUAAUACCAGCCAGCACUUUCACUUUAACAGUAUCCCUAAAUACCCAGUGUUAUGGGGGAAGGGGGGUCCGAUAUGGUGGUAUAUUUGUGACAUGAGCACAAUGUCUGUCUGCAUUGUUCUAAAUGCAGCAUGGCAGAAUUCUAUAGCAAGCGGUUACUGACAGAGAUCUCUGUAAAAAAGAACAUAUGCUGGGAGGGGCAGAUCAAUGUCAGUCUAGGUGAGGAACCUACACAAUAGAUUGUACUGCAUUAAAAUAGGGGAAAAGGACAACACUGCUUAAAAAUUCUAACAUUCAAUGCUAAUUUGCUGUAAAAAAAAAUAUAUAUAUUCUCUUUUUUUUUUUUUCACAUAAGGAAUAGACAAACUAUGUUAGUUUAUGCCUGGUCAGCUAUAUACAUUUUAAAAGGCAAUAUAACAAAUAUAUAUGCAGUAAUUCCAGUAGCAUCACAUAUUUGGAGUAAGGUCAGCUUUAAGUUGCACGUAAAUGUAUUUCUACAGACAUGUACGAUAGUUAUAGAGGUACUCUGGUGAAAAAAAAUUUUUUUAACUCAACUGGUGCCAGAAAGUUAAACAGAUUUGUAAAUU